CGACGUUCCUUGCUAGUUACCUCGAGCUCCGAGGUUACCAUAUGUACUGGCAAGGAUGCCAGUCUUCCGAGUCAUUUUACACGCCCUCGCAAUAUUCCUGACAUCAAAUCAUGUUCUUCGUGAUUCUGCUUGGCCACUUUAGUCUAUUCGGAUGAGCUCAGUGUUUCAGUUGGUCGCUUGUAAAUUAUCUCUCUCUGUCUCCUCCAUCAACCAUAGCCCUGAAUGUGUCAGGCUGAAACAUGAUAUUGAUUCACUGGCAUUGACAAAAUCCCGAUGCACGAUGCAUAUUUUGAAGGAGAGAUCUGUAUGAUCCUUGCAUCAUAUUCUACAUAGAUUCGCACCAUCAUGAUAAGAACGAAUGUAGAACGCACCGACACAGCUUUUCGUACCUCAUUCGUUAUUGUCACAUCACUACAGGCCCCGUUCGCAUUUUUACUGCAUGCGUCCCAUUUCGACGACUCCUUUUACUCGGUGACCACUGAUCUCUUUCGGGCCGUUACACUCUACUUCUUCACGGAUCCCGGACUUUUCUGCAUUCGAAACCGUGCUAGUGUUUCGGGUCAAAAGGAUGGCUGCAGGUUUUAGCCAAAUAGUUUCGUGUCCGUGUCCUGCUUACUGUUUGUACAAAUCAGAUA